CCGAUCCGCCCGCGGCUUUCCGCUGUCCCGACCUCGCUAGCUCCGCCCGCCGCGUGCUCCCGCCUCCCACUCGGAAUGCCUGUCUGGGGCGGUGGAAAUAAGUGCGGGGCCUGCGGGAGAACCGUGUACCACGCGGAGGAGGUGCAGUGUGAUGGGCGGAGCUUCCACCGCUGCUGCUUUCUGUGCAUGGUUUGCAGGAAAAAUUUAGACAGCACAACGGUGGCGAUUCAUGAUGAAGAGAUCUACUGCAAAUCCUGCUACGGAAAGAAGUAUGGACCAAAAGGCUAUGGUUAUGGCCAGGGCGCUGGCACACUCAACAUGGACCGUGGUGAGAGGCUGGGCAUCAAGCCAGAGAGUGCUCAACCUCACAGGCCCACAACGAAUCCAAACACUUCUAAAUUUGCCCAGAAAUAUGGAGGUGCUGAGAAGUGUUCCAGGUGUGGGGAUUCUGUGUACGCUGCGGAGAAGAUCAUUGGAGCUGGGAAGCCCUGGCACAAAAACUGCUUCCGAUGCGCCAAGUGUGGGAAGAGUCUGGAGUCUACAACUCUGACUGAGAAAGAAGGUGAAAUCUACUGUAAAGGGUGCUAUGCAAAGAACUUUGGGCCCAAGGGAUUUGGCUAUGGUCAAGGAGCAGGGGCCCUUGUUCAUGCUCAGUAAUGGUGUAAACCCAGUAAGCAGGACAGAGAAUCUCCAUUAUGAAAUGCAGACAGCCUUAUAGCACUCAGCACUGUCAAACAGCCAGUCCUCAGCACUGAUCACCACACGCUGCCUGCAUGGGCGGGCUGGACAGGACAGCACUGCACGCUCCCGCCGAUUCACCAGCAGCUAAGAGCAUUCUUUUACAUGUGAAAUAAAAUUCUGGCUUGAUUUGA